AUGAAUGAUGAUAACAAUAAUUUUGACGAAUUUUAUGGAGAAUAUUAUUUUAAUAAACAAAAUGAAAUAAAUGAUGAUAUUUCAUUUAGCUCAAGUAGUAAUGUAUCUAUUUUUGAUAAAAAUCAAUCUCAAGUAAAAAAAAUUAAUUCAAAGCAAAAACAAUCUUAUUCAAAGCCUAGUUGGGUCUGGCAUUAUUUUAAAUGUGAUAGUAAGUUUGUACAUAAUGGCAGUACAGGAAAUAUGGGUAAUCACUUGCAAAAUAGGCAUAAUUUGAGUAAAAAUAAAAAUA